AUGGACACUAUCAAUGUUCAUGAUGUGGAUAUUGAUACACCUAAAGUGAAAGUUACAAAUAGGUUUCAUUGGGAUCCUCAUACAUUCAAGAUAUUUCUUGAGGAAUGUAUGACCGAGCUAAAAAACGGGAAUAGACCAGGAACUUAUUUCAAACAGGCUGCAUGCCAAAAUAUAUGUAAGAGGCUUUUGGAACGAACGGGUAAAGAAUUGGACAGAAAUCAAAUGAAAAACAAAUGGGAUAUUAUGCAGAAAGAGUUCAAAUAUUAUGACCGUUUAACAAGACAUGAAACAAGAAUUUCAACUGAUCCCAUGAGAAAUAUAAUCUCAGCGUCAAAGGAAUGGUGGGAUGAGAAAAUAAAGUGUUUUUGGAAGAUAAAGAGUAUGCUAAGUUUAAGGAUAAGAAUUUGGAUGUAUAUCAGACAUAUUACGAGGCUUUAUUCGGGAUACCUAGCUGUUGGAGACAAGGCUAAGGUACCUUGCGAAUUUGGCAACGGUAGCACUUCAGAUGAUGUACAGUUUGUGGAUAUUACGGAUGGAAAAGCGGAUAUUGACGAAGUCCGCUUAUUUAAAGAUGUUGAUCCUUUUCUCACAUAUGAUAGUUCUAGUAUGAAAAGGAAGGGAAAGAAGUUAACUCCCAGGCGUGACAACAAAAGAAAAUUUGAAGGGAAAAAUUAA